GGAAGAAACAAGCUUACCAUGGAUAGCUUUGGUUGGGAGAAUCCAGCGGCCAUCGGAAGCGAGGUUUUCCUGUCGCCAAGUAGAUGCAGCAACCACUAUGGUGAUUUCAGAGGCUCCAGCGAAGGCUACACCGCCUUCAACGAUAAGUUUGCACUCGACGAAGCUCUCCUCAGCUCAGGCUUAGAGCUCCAGGGGAUUCUGGACGCAUGCCAAGCAAGUUCGCAUCUUGGUGGACACAGUGAGACAGUGGGAAUCUCAACUCCCGCUUUGGGUUCGAUGAACAACAGUUUGGAUCUGGAUUUGUUGCAGUAUCAGGAAGCGAUAUUAAUGUCGGCUGCUGAUUCUGGUCUCAUGAGAUCAGUACUGGACACCACUUCCGGGGAUGCUUCUUGUUGUCAAGCAUAUGCUUCUUCUUCACUCACCGAUAGAACCGAUGUUUCCCAUCCAGUCACCGAGAACUUUGGAGCAUCUGAAGAACAACGAGUCAUCAGCAACGUCGUCGAUGCUCAGGAUGGCAUCUCGACCAUCUUUUCUAGCUGCUGGAACGUGCAUGGUUUGAGUUGCAGUGGUAACAUUUCUUCUGGGGAUUCUGAGCGCCAUGGAUAUCUCUAUCACCAUCGAUCGCGCCAUGAAGAUGUGGCCUCACAGGGUUCUUCAAAGUCAGACGCUCGGCAAGUCGAAUCGCUUCAGGGAAGAAGGAGCACAAAGAGAAAAUUCGUGGAGUCCACGAGAGCAGAAAGCAACAAUAUCUGCAGCCUCCUCCUCGAACCAAAUUCUUCGACUAAGGAGGGAGGUCUUCAGAUCAGUUUCACAAGGGCGCAGAAGUCGAAGAAGCUGAGAUCAGAAAGGCACUCAGAGAGUUCGACCAUCGAAUUCGUUCGGGAAGGCAACUACGAGCCGGACGACGAGGCCAUCGCGCAAGUGAAGGAGAUGAUCUACAGGGCCGCGGCUUUAAGGCCGGUGAGUUUGGUGGCGGAGGGGGCAGUAGAGAAGGCGAAGAGGAAGAAUGUGAGGAUAUCGUGUGACCCACAGACGGUUGCUGCAAGGCAUAGGAGGGAAAGGAUCAGUGAGAGGCUAAGGGUGCUGCAAAGGCUGGUCCCAGGGGGCAGCAAAAUGGACACUGCAACCAUGCUCGAUGAGGCUGCCAACUACCUCAAGUUCCUCAAGUCGCAGGUCAAGGCUUUGGAAACCCUAGGUAACAGGUUCCAUCCGGUAAACAGCAGUAGCACCACAGCAUCCUUUCCACUGCCUCUCAACCGGGCUUUUCCCAUGCGGAACUCUCUCCUCCACCCAAAACCCUAACAUGCGUCAAAAAGGUGAGGCACCCCACACAUCAUAUUAUUGUCUUCAUCAUUAGCUUGGGGUUUAGGGCUCGUGAACUCAAUCCUGUUACUGGUUUAAACAUGCUUUCUCCCAACCAAAAGACUGAAAAUAAAGUUAAACCUUUUGAUCGAUCAAGUGAUAAGUGUGUUCCUGCCUUUUUUUUUUAUCUUGGUCACCUUUCCCAGCUUGCCAAGGUCUCUUUUCAUGCUUGUAAAGCAGCAGUCUUGUUCCAACAGCCAGUAAUAUCAUCAUCAUCCCUUCAUCAUUGGCUUUAAGUCGUAGCCUAAAGUCUCUCUUCUUUCAGUGGCCUUUCCCCAUGCAAACCCUAAAGCAAAUUAUCAUACAGUCAUGAGUGCUCCUUUUGUGUUUCUGGGGAACAUGGCGGUGAGGUUUAAUCCAGCGCUUUUGAUGCAGAAAGGGUUCAGGAAUCAU